GUAGAGGGCUAGUGAAGCGGCAGCAUGCGCUGGAAACGCUGCGCGAGCCUCGUGGACGGGUUCCGCGGGACGGCCUUGGUCAGCUACAACGCUGGAAUCAGCGCGUGCGAGAAAGGCGGGGCGUGGCAGCAGGCACUGUUGUUGCUGUUCGUCGAGCUUCGGGAUGCGAAUGUAGAGCCAGAUGUCAUCAGCUACAACGCCGGGAUCAGUGCGUGCGCGAAAGGCGGGGAGUGGCGGCAGGCGCUCUGGUUGUUCGGCAAGUUGCGCGAGGCGCAGGUGCAGCCCAGCGCUGUCAGCUACAACGCUGGGAUCUGCGCGUGCCAAAGUGGAGGUCAAUGGCAGCAGGCGUUGUCGUUAUUCACGGAGUUGCAGGAGUCGGCGUUGGAGCCCAAUGCCGACGUCCUCAGCUACAACGCCGCAAUCAGCGCAUGCGAGAAGCGCGGGCAGUGGCAGCACGCUUUGUCGUUGCUCGGCAACUUGUUCGAGGCCAAGCUGGAGACUGAAGUCACCUCCUACAACGCUGGAAUCAGCGCGUGUGGAAAGGGCGGUCAGUGGCAGCAGGCGCUGUCCUUGUUCUGCGAUCUGCAGGAUGCGAAGCUGGAGCCCGACGUCAUCAGCCACAAUGCUGCGAUUAGCGCGUGCGAGAAAGGCGAGCAGUGGCGGCACGCGCUGUCGCUACUCAGCGAACUGCGUGGAGCGAGGCUGGAGCCUGAUGUAAUCAGCUGCAGUGCUGGAAUCAGUGCAUGCGGAAACGGCGAGCAAUGGCAUCUCGCGCUGUCGUUGUUCAGUGAAUUGGUCCAGGCGAGACUCGAAGCCGACCUUAUCAGCUACAAUGCUGUAAUAAGCGCGUGCGAGAAAGGUACGCAGUGGAAGCAGGCCCUGUCGCUUUUAAGCGAACUGCGCCGGGCGAAGAUCGAGCCCGAUGCGGUGAGCUACAACGCUGGAGUCAGCGCAUGCGAGAAAGGUGAGCAGUGGCAGCAGGCGCUAUCCUUGCUCAGCGAGAUGCGGGAGAAGAAGGUGGAACUCAGCACGAUUAGCUACAACGCUGGAGUCAGCGCGUGCGAGAAAGGUGGACAGUGGCAGCAGGCGUUGCUACUACUUGCAGCGAUGCGCGAAGCUAAGACUGAAUCCACAGUCAUCAGUUUCAGUGCUGGAGUCAGCGCGUGCGAGAAAGGUGCACAGUGGCAGCAGGCUCUGUCACUGCUUAGGGGCAUGUGGAAGGCGAGUCUGGAGCCUAACAACAUUAGCUACAACGCUGCAAUAAGCGCAUGCGAAAAAUGUGGACGGUGGCAGCAUGCAAUGACAUUGUUUGAUGAGAUAGGGACGGCGAACUUAAUGCCCAACGUCAUUAGCUACAAUGCUGUGGCCAGCGCGUGCCAUAGAGGUGGACAGUGGCAGAAGGCGGUGCGUUUCCUUAACGAUAUACAGCACAUGAAGCUGGAGCCAAACGUCAUCAGCUACGCAGUUGGACUCGCCGCAUGCGUGAACGGCGGACUGUGGAAGCUGGCACUGUCAUUACUCAGUGAGCUGCGCGAGACGAAGCUGGAGCCAAACAUCACCUCUUCUGAAAGUCAUCUACAACGCUGGAAUCACCGCGUGCGAAAAAUGCGCGCAGUGGCAGCAGGCUUUGUUAUUGCUGCAUGCUUUGUGGGAAACGGUCAUGGAACCUGACAUUGUCAGUUGCAGUGCUGGAAUCAGCUCGUGCGAGAAGGGUAGUCAGUGGCAGCAGGCGUUGCUGGCAGUAUCAUUGCUCGGGGAAGUUUGAGGGGCCACGUUGGAGAUCGACGCUUAUGUCUGCAGAACUCGCGCCUGCAAGAAAUGCAGCAACCGCACAUAUUUGCGAGCGAGCCGAGGGAGACGAAGCUUGAGGCUAGCGACACCUGCGACAGCGUUGGAGCCAGGAUAUGUGAGGAAGUUGACAGUUGCAGCGGACAGUGUACAUAUUUGGGCAGCUGGGUAGAGGUGAAAUCAUCCAUUUCCCGCGCGUGAAAGAGUCGCGGGCUGAAGCGAGAGGUUGAUGUUUUUUUCUGGUUGCCGGAGGCUGCGUUCGAGAGUGACACCACCUGCCAAAGUGUUGCAAUUCAUGGUGGGUUCUUCUUACCAGCCACCUCGCAUGUAUUCAUCUACAACGCUGGAAUCACCGCGUGCGAAAAAUGCGCGCAGUGGCAGCAGGCUUUGUUAUUGCUGCAUGCUUUGUGGGAAACGGUCAUGGAACCUGACGUUGUCAGUUGCAGUGCUGGAAUCAGCUCGUGCGAGAAGGGUAGUCAGUGGCAGCAGGCGUUGCUGGCAGUAUCAUUGUUCGGGGAAGUUUGAUGGGCCACGUUGGAGAUCGACGCUUAUGUCUGCAGAACUCGCGCCUGCAAGAAAUGCAGCAACCGCACAUAUUUGCGAGCGAGCCGAGGGAGACGAAGCUUGAGGCUGGCGACACCUGCGACAGCGUUGGAGCCAGGAUAUGUGAGGAAGUUGACAGUUGCAGCGGACAGUGUACAUAUUUGGGCAGCUGGGUAGAGGUGAAAUCAUCCAUUUCCCGCGCGUGAAAGAGUCGCGGGCUGAAGCGAGAGGUUGAUGUUUUUCCUUGUUGCGGUGGCGAGGCGUGUAGUCGUCUGGCUCUCAGAUGCGGGUUUCUCUUAUCACGCAACGCGGAGCUCGGGGAGGUGCUCUUGGGCGUACCCAGACCUCCGACAUCAUGAUCCCAUUGAUUACUCACUACGGUGUCGCUGGAAGUCCCGACCCCUUCUCGGUGGCCGGCUUUUCGUCCCGGAUCCUUAUUGGUCAU